AUGUCAGAUCCCACAAACAGGAGCAAACGCCUGGAGAAAGUCCAUGUUGUCCUUGGGAAUAAAUCCUGUGAUUUGGAUUCGCUCAUUUCUACUCUGGCCUAUGCCUACUUUCUAGACAAGGUCAGUCCUCCUGACGUUCUUUGCUUACCCGUGUUGAACAUACCAAGAAGAGAUUUUAGCUACUUCACAGAGACAAGAUUUAUAUUGGAGGAGCUGAAUAUCCCGGAGUCAUUCCAUAUCUUCCGAGAUGAAAUCAAUUUGCACCAGCUGAAUGCUGAAGGGAAAUUGUCUUUAACACUUGUAAAUAGCAACAUGCUGACAAGUGAGGAUAAAAGUUUGGAAUCAGCUGUUGUCAAAGUCAUCAAUCCAGAUGAGCAAUGUGACGGCAGCCUGGAGUUACAAGCGUCUUCAUCCUCUUUAGUAGUAAAAGAGAUUCUUCAAGAGGCACCAGAGUUAAUCACUCAGCAACUGGCUUAUCUCCUCAGAGGAAGCAUUCUCUUCAAGUGCAUGUCUUUGGAAGCUGACAGAAUUACAGAGCAGCAGGAGAAAGUACUGUCAAUCCUAGAGGAAAAGUUUCCAGAUCUUCCCCCACGAGAAGAAAUUAUCUCUGUUCUCCAGGAGACUCAGUUUAACCCACAAGGUGUAAGUAUUGAGGAGGUUAUGCUGAAGGAUCUCAAGGAGAUUUCAGAUGGAGAAAUCAAAGUAGCAAUUAGCACUGUGUACAUGACACUGGAGGACUGCGUGUUACACAGGAGUCUCGUUGGUGAUCUGAAAGCAUUCAUAGAUAAAUAUGGGUUUGAUGUACUUGUCAUUUUGGCCAGCUGUUUGUCAGAUGAGAAGCAAACGAAACGACAAAUAGCAGUAUACUCGGAAAACUUAGAGCUAGGCAAUCAAAUCUGCUGUGAAUUAGAAGAAUGUCAGAGUCCUUCUUUGGAGCUGGAUCCUCUAGAAUGUGGAUGUGACCAAAUUCUCAUUUAUCAUCAAGAAAAUUCUUUGGUGACCUGUGAUCAAAUUUUUCUUCUAGUUAAGGAAGUUAUAAAUAGAAGACAACCAGAAAUGGUAUCAAACAGUAGAACUUCUUCUACUGAAGCUGUUGCUGGAAGUGCUCCACUUUCACAAGGAUCUUCUGGUAUUAUGGAGUUAUAUGGUUCUGAUGUAGAACCACAACCCAGUUCUGCCAAUUUUGUAGAAAAUCCUCAAGAUCUAAAUGGAUCUAUGCAAGCCCAUGUUGAUGUGAAUGUAGACCUUGUGAGUCCAGACAGUGGAUUGGCUACCAUUAGAAGCAGCCGGUCUUCCAAGGAGAGUUCUGUUUUCCUUAGUGACGAUAGCCCUGUUGCAGAAGGUGCUGCUUCCCAUCACAGUCUUCUGCCUGGAUUUGAUUCCUAUAGCCCUAUUCCUGAAGGAGCAAUAGCCGAAGAACAAAAACCUCAGUCUAGAGACAAUAGCGAUAACUUUGAUCUUUUCAAUUUUGAUCUAGCACCCGUGGUUACAGCUCCAUCCGAGUCAUCUUCUCAUUCUGUUGAUUGUUCCCCAGCAGAUGACUAUUUCCUUAAUAGUGAUUCAUCAGAAGGACAACAACUCACUGUGCAGAAGGAACUUGAUGAGGCAAGCCUGCUAGAAAACGAUACAGCAAAUUAUUCAACUGACUUACUUAUAACAAAUAAGGAAGACAAUUUAGCUGAAUUUGAUGAGAAUCCACGAGAAACGUAUGAGAAGACUUCAAGUUUGAUUGAUUUAGUUGAAGGUGAUUCUUCUUCUCCAGAAAUGUUGAAAUCUGCUGAUUCAAGAAUUCCACCAACUCCUAUGAACAGUCUUGUAGAAACUUCACCAUUAGAUAAUGGGCAGCCUUUAUUUUUCCCACAAGAUGUCAUAAAAAAAAUUAAUGAAAUAGAUGGCACAAAUUAUUCUCAGUCUCGUGUUAGAUAUGGGAGCUGGUGGGAUGGCUUUGACCUGGAGUCCAGACAUGCUGAUACAUGGAGUUCAUGUGAGCAGGAAUCUGUAUUUCAGAGCCCUGUCUUAUGGAAAGAUUGUAAAGAAAGUCCCUUGCUACGAGAACAUAUUGAUAGAAGAGCCUCAGAUUCUGUAUUCCUCCAAAAACAGCCAAAGCAAAUGGAAUACAUGAGAGCAGGUCUGUGGGAUAAUCAGUUUAAACAAGACAAUUGGAACCAUGAGAAUCAAGAGAAAAACAGUGAACAUUUGCGUUUGCAAACUGCUUCUUUAGAGGAGACAAAGCAAGAACCGGAGAGCUUUACUGACCCGUGGAAGGUCAGUCAGCCGACACCUAUGAUGUCAGAUGCAUGGUGUAGUGGUGAAGGGAAAGGUAGUGAGCUAGCUGGAGACUCUUACAAAGUCUGGACUAAGUUUGAUGCAGGAGAUAUUGCUAGAUCCUCAGAAAAUGUAUGGAACAUGCCCAAACUGGAUAGAGAAAAAAAAUCAGUGAAUAUUCCUGAGGAAUGGGCCAUAUCAAAAACUAGUUUAUCAGAUUCUUCAGAAAUCACAGUAGACAAUGAGACUGAAAAUCCACCUAUCCAGGUAUCUCCAGAAGCCUGGGAUAAAGAAAGAUAUUAUUCAGUAGAAGAAUAUGGAAAAUCUGAAAAUACAAAUUCUGUUUUCAACAAUAUGCAAAAUAAUUCCAAGCUGCAAACAGAGGAAAAAACUGUAUUUGGUGACCCUAAACAUAGACCAAAACAAUUUGAAAAUAUAGAGACCUGGAAUAUGUAUGAUAAAAACAUCAGGAAAGAAGUAACAGAAGUAGUGGUGCCAUGGGAGGAUACCUUCUUGUAUAAACGCUCAGAUCUUAGUUCAUCAAACAUAGGUGAAGAUUUAGUUGUUUCUCCACCAGAUACCAAUUAUUCAACAUCUGAUUCAUAUAUAUCACCUACAUAUGUGGAAGGCGAAAGAGAAAAUGAGGACAAAGAUUUUGAUGAAGGAAUAGUUACUGAUAAAUUGAUAAACCCAAAUUUGGCUGAGCCAAAAGUACCUGAGAAAGCAAAUAAGGAACCGUUAUCUCCUAGAAACAUGUCUUUUUCAAGUGCUGGAAACACGGACAUCUGGAGCACUCCCCUAAAUAAUGUCACCCAGUUACAAGAAAGAAAUUCUGAAAUUACUGCUCUUUCUGCCUCUGCUAAACCUUUCCUUAAUUCAGAACAAACAGCUAAUCAAUGUUCUUCAACUGAGAUACAUGCCAGUGAAAAUAAUUUUUCUAUAUCUGAAAAUAGAAGAAUAACACCUGUAUACAAUCAAACAGUGAAUGACAUAUCACCACCACAGAACGAAUUAAAUAUCAGGCAGACUGCAGCUGAAAAUAUACAAACAGUGACCAGUGUUCCUGUAGAAGACACAGACACAUCUACGUCAACUUCAGACACUGGCAAUGGUUUGGAUCUGAACAUAUGUGACUUAGGGAGUGAGAUACUUAGUAAGAAGGCGGCACAAAACACUGCUGAAGUUGAUGAAAAGCUGGAUAGUGAGGAUUCAGUGCAGCAGCUGAACUCAUGGAUUUUACAGAGUGAGCAGGGUUGUGAGGAAGGCUGGGACAAUGCCAUUGUCAUCUCUCAAGAAGGAAAAGAGGAAUGUAAGAGAACCGAUGAGACAAGUGGACAGCAAAUGAUUAGUGACGUUUGUAAUAAACCAGUGCAAGAGGACAGUGAAUCUUCAUGUAAUGCAGAUUCGGAAGAAAACAGGUCAACAACUGAAGUUCCCAGCUCCCCAGAAAAAAUGAGGAAUGGUGUUAGUUUGGAAGUGUUAGUCACAGAGAAUGAGUCAUUUUCCAAUCAAAGUUAUCCGGUUAGUCAGGAAGAGAGGAAAGACUUGUCACAGAAUCAUGUAGAAUCUUCUCCAAGUGCUUCUGAGGAAGGCAGAAAUUAUGAAUCUUUUGAUGACUUCAGACCACAAAAUUACAAUUAUAGUGAAACAUCACAGCUGCUUUCUGAGAAAGCUGAAAAGGAGACUACAGUGAUAGAGGAUGCAACAAGUCCUGAGAUGGAAAGUAUCUCUGAAGGUUCUGAUAAGGGUAGUGAUAAUCCUGAAAAUAAUUCUUCUAAAAUGCUCAGAAGCUCAGACAUCUGGAAUGACUCUGGAAAGAGUGGUUGUUGCCUAGCCACAUCGAUUCCUUUGAUGAAUGACCCACAAGAAACGCUGGGAGAAAUGAAAGAGGGCUUACACAAAGUGGUUCCUAACCAUCCAGGCAUUUGUAAUUCUGAGCUAGUAUCUUUCAAAAAUAGCUCAGAACUGAACAGGACUCAUGAAGAGUCUUUCAUAGAUGAGUUUAAGAAGAGUCCUUCUUCUGGAUAUGUCAGUGUUCCUGACAUUACAGAUAUGUCUGUGGUGGAAAAUUCAUUUUCACAUGAAAUAGGUUCUGGAAGAAAUGAAAACUCUGAAAAUUUAGAACCUGCUAGUAAUCUUUGCGGAGAGCCAUGUGUAAUGCUUAAUGACAGUUUUCCCCAGACUGCUUGGAAUUCACAGCCAUGUGAAGAUUUGCAAUCUCCUGGAACAAGUCCUGAGGCAAGUGAAGUCCUUGAAAUGGCAAACACCACAAGUAGCCUUUCAAAGGAUAUACAGAUCAAAAGUUAUUUGGAAGAAGAUAAUGUGUGGAGUGAUUCAAUAAAUUAUUAUGCACACUCAAGUGGAACAAGUCCUGAUUUAAGUGAUGCAUCUGUGAAUGUGUGGGGAGACCUUCCAGUUGCCAGUCAUCACAAAAGAAGUAGGGAUAUGUGGGAUAUUAAAAAUAGUAAAAACCUUGAAGAUGCUUGUAAAAGGAAUGAAUUUGGGAAUGAAUGUGAAGAAGGAUUUGAAAGAAGCGCUGAACAGAACAAAGUUCCUAAAAGCUUAGAUUUUUGGAAUGCCCAUGUAGAUGAUGAUACUGUAUCUUCUUUAUCAAGUCCUGACAUAAAUGAGGAUUCAGAGGAUUCAGAGGCAUGUCCAGAAGUGAUUCAUGAAGAUUCCACGUAUGAAAACAAACAGCACAAAGCGUCUGAAUUUGGACAGGAUUAUGCUCAAUCCAAUGCAACAAGUCCUGAAGCAGAUGAAGACAAUUUAGAUGCAAAAACUAAGGUGGGAGAGGAGGUCCAGGUAGGCAUCUUCAAUGAAAAUCCUGAAACAAUUAAAGCUAGAAAAGUAUUGCAGGAGGACUUGACUAUAAUGGAGUGUAAUGAGACUUCUGAAUAUUUAGGCCACUGGGAAACACUUCAGAAAAAAGCUCAGGUGAGCAUUUUCAGUGAAAAAACAGGUAGCGGAGAAGACUCAUAUUUGAUUCAAAUGAAUGAAGAUACUACACUGACUUUUGCUGCUGUCGAUAAAGAAGAGUACUCUUCAAAAGCUGUAGAUAUGUGGAGUAUGUCAUUGGAAGCUGAUUUAAGAACUGAUCCAAAAUCCACAGUAGGAACAUCCAGUUUUCCAGAUGACAGUUCAGAAUGGUGGAAUUCACAGCCUUGUGAAGAAAAGCAAUUGGAAGAUCAGUAUUCUGUUUCAAGUCACUCUGCAACAAACCAGUUAACAAAUAGUAAAGAGGACUCCUGGGGAUCACCUUCACAAGAUGAAGAACUAACAGAAGCACAUUUCACUAAUGCAAGUAAUGAUGGAAAUCAGCCUCCUCCCCUGUACUGUGAUGAAAAAGAAAAUGAAAGGCUAGUACAUCCUACGAAUAUUCCUGAUAGUCAAAUAAAUCAAGACACUGUACAGUUCAAACAAUUUGAUCCUUUCAUACUGGAUAAAGAAGAAAGGGGCUUGAAAGAGCAGUUGUUGCCUGCAGAUGAGGAAAAUCAACUGACUCCACAGAAUCCUUUUUCAGAUGAGGAACAAGGUAUGCCAAAUACAUCAGUUCAAGAAAUCACUGUACUGGAUCUACCAAAAGACAAUGAGCGAAAUGCAAGUCUCAUUACUCAAGAACAACAGCAGGACACCUGUGAAGGAUUAGAAGUGCACAACUCCCUGCCAGAUGCUUUCACUGUGGAAGACUUAUCUUUUGAAAUGACAGAAAAGUCAAGUCCAGGGUGGAGUAUAUUAGUUCCCCAAACUGCACUUGUCCCAGAUAUUUUACAAGAUAACACACAAGAAAGUAAUCAGCUGUUUUCAGUGGAGCCUGACCUGUGGACUAAUGCUGAGCAGAUUGUCAUUUUGAAAUCAGAUGGUGAAAAUCCUGAUAUAUUAAGACACUGUGACCAAGACAACAGUUCAGAGGCACCAAGCAGUCCUGAUGUUUGCCAGGAGUAUGAAGCUAAGCAUGCCUCUAUCCCAUCUUCUCAGAUGGGGGUGGAGCCUGAAGACAAAGAUAGUCAGCUGAUUCACGCAUGGCCAAAUAUGAGUAAAGAGGCAGAUUUUGAUUCAAAGUGUCAGUUAGUAAUGCAGGAGGUAGAGACACAGUCUGAAAGUGGUAGUCCCCAGGACUAUGAACAGAGAAAGACCGAUGAAUCCUAUCAGCUAAUCUCUUCUAAUACUCAGGAGCCUCCUGAAUUUGCAAUUUUGGAAGAAUAUGGUCUAGAAAAUAAACUUGUUAUUGACCCAGUUGACUUGGCUGAAAUUACCAAUGAAGUUUUAGAAGUGACGUCCUUAGAUCUGAAAGACACGUUCCAUGAAAGUUUUAUUCCUGCAAGCCAUCAAGGAACACCAACUGAUACAGCUCAAAUAGCAACCUCCCAAAUGCAUUUGGUUCCCAUGGAUUUCACUCUACCUGAUAGGGCAGAACAAAGCUUAAAAGGAAUUAGUGCCUUGGCUGAAGUUGGAAAAUAUUCUGAUAUUGACCAUAUGGCAAUAACUGUUGAUGAGCUAGACAUGUCAGAAGAAUGUGUGGAUGAAUCUGAGACAGGGGUAGAACAUAACGUCAGGAACACAUCAGUGACUAAUGUCCCGGCAAGCACAUGUGGUGGGAUGAACAUACUGGCAGUAGUAGGCAGUGAAGCAGCAGAAGGGGAAUCAAAGGAUAAACAGAUAUUCUUUCCCAAAUCCUUUCAGCCUGGUGGUGAUGAAGCCCGUGAAUCUGAUUCAGAUAAUCAACUGGUUGAUGACAUAGCAAAAGAAUCUGAAGAUGUAAUUGAAAAUCUUGUUCCUGUGUUUAAGGAAGUGCCCAGUGACCAAUCACCAGUGGUGUGUACUCCACCAUCCUAUGUAUCUUUUGAUGCUGAACUCUCUGGCAGCAGAGAGUAUGCAAAGGAUGAGCUCUUGUUAGAGCAGCCAUUUUGUGACAGUGUUUCUCUGGAAAAACCUUUACCACUGCCAACUCCUUCGGAAGGUGCAGGAGGCAUCCUAAUGACCAAAGACAGCAGCAUUAAAGAUCAGAUGUCUGAAACAUCCACAGAGUGCCUUCAGGAAGAUCACACAUCAGUACCUUCACUCUCCAAGUCUGAAGUAACUCUAGGAGCUUCUGAGAUUUCCAUAGGAAAACCUGAAGCAGAAACAACUGAUCCUGACUCACCGCCAGGUGGAGAUAAAAGAUCACCUGAUGAAGCUGGCACUAACUCCCUGCUUUGUAGGGAGAAUAAGCUGAGAAAUUCCUCUGAGAGCCCUGAACUGAAAAGUACAGACAGUAAGGAAGAUGUGAGGAUGCAGGUGCACAGAGAUCCAACUUCACUGGAGAUGGAUUACAUCCUUGUUACCGAGGAAGAAAAUACACCUUCAUCGAAGGAUACCCUUGAAAGAAAUGAAAGUGAUUUUGCAUUUCAAGAAGCUAACGUAGCUGAACAAACAGAAUCUCAUGAAGGCUUUUCACCGGGCUCCUUGGAUACCUUUCAGCCAAUCUCCAUUACAAAUGAAAGGGAAGAUCACUCUGUUUGUGGGACUGAAUGGGGCUCUGUUCACUUAGAAGAGAAAAGUUCUUCUGUUGUGGCUCAAAAGCUGGAUGAUGAAAGGAGAUCACAGGAAAGCUGUGGGCAAGAUGAGGGCUGGAUUAUAUUGGGCCAAAAUGAAGCCAGUGACAUAUCACCUGAAGAAAUUUCUCCCGAGUCAGAGAUGCCAAAAUCAGGGUCUGAACAUUCUGGCGAAGAACUGGCAGCUGUUGUAUCACAGGAGUUGAUUCUUGACACUCAGGCAGAAUUUCAGGUGGCUGGUGGUGAUGGUGCAAGGGAAACAAAUUCUCAGCAGGGACUUGGAAAUAACAUAGCAACAGAACAAGAAAUGAAGGAGGAAAUGGUGCUUCUCAACAGUGAAAGAGAACUGAGUCAAAAAUCAGGGUUGGUGCAAGAGGAUGUGGGAAUGGACAUCCCCUUUGCUGAGGGUGUACUAAGCCCCAGUUCUACAGAGAUGAGACCCGAACCUCCCAAUUCUCUUGAUCUUGAUGGUUCCCAUCCCAGAAGGAUAAAGCUCACUGCUCCAAAUAUCAAUCUCUCUUUGGACCAGAGUGAAGGGUCUGUACUUUCUGAUGAUAAUUUGGAUACGCCAGACGAAAUUGACAUCAAUGUAGAUGACCUUGACACUCCUGAUGAAGCAGACUCUUUUGAAUACACUGGACAAGAAGAGCAGAAUGCUACUAAGGAUGCUUCCCAGGAGGAGUCUGAAUCAAUUCCAGAGUACACUGCCGAAGAGGAGCGAGAGGACAACAGGUUAUGGAGAACGGUGGUUAUUGGAGAACAAGAACAAAGAAUUGAUAUGAAAGUCAUUGAACCUUACAAAAAGGUCAUUUCACAUGGAGGAUACUAUGGUGAUGGUCUGAAUGCUAUCAUUGUGUUUGCGGCAUGCUUCUUGCCAGACAGCAGUCGAACUGAUUACAACUAUGUCAUGGAAAAUCUUUUCCUCUAUGUAAUCAGUACUUUAGAGCUGAUGGUAGCUGAAGACUAUAUGAUUGUCUACCUGAAUGGAGCAACACCAAGAAGGAGGAUGCCUGGACUGGGUUGGAUGAAAAAAUGUUACCAGAUGAUUGAUCGACGAUUACGGAAGAAUUUGAAGUCAUUUAUAAUUGUUCAUCCAUCGUGGUUUAUCAGGACAAUUCUGGCUGUGACACGACCUUUUAUAAGCUCUAAGUUCAGCAGUAAGAUACAGUACGUCAACACGUUGGCAGAGCUUCGUGAGAUGAUUCCAAUGGAAUAUGUGCACAUACCAGACAGUAUUGUCAAGUAUGACGAAGAGAAGUGUAUUAAGAGAAGAAUGAGACUGGAUGAAGAGCUGAGGGAAACUUCAGAAACAGCUAAAACUAGCUGCCUCUCAAAUGAUCCAGAAAUGACUUCAGUGGAGCAGGACAUUGACAUGACCCUGAAAUAAAAAGCAUCGUUGCCAGGCAUUUGAAGAAGAGUGUUCGCUUGGAUUUUCAUCACCCAGACACCCACGACCAUGGUGUACAAUAGGCAAUUUGGGUUAAUUUUGUUUGGUUUGUGAUUUUUCCAUGUCAUUCAGCAAGUCAAGAAGACCAAAAGGGCCAACCCUGUUGCCAUGGAAACAGCAGAAUUUUGGGCCCGGUUAUUUGUGUUGUUUUCAGAAACAGAGUUUUCAUUAGGAAAGCUGUAUCAUCUAGCAUUGGUUUCUCUGUGUGUGUGCAAUUUCUGUUUAAAAGGGCACCAUUUUACCAUUAGUGUGCCUCAUGAACAAGUCAAUGAGGAUGUGGAUUUUUGUUUCAUUUUUGUCUUCAGCAUAUUAAUGUUUAUGCAUAGCUGAACAGAAUAGUUAUUGUUACAAUAAAUGUUAGCUUGGUUGUGUCACAGAGCAGCAGCAACUUUAUUGUUUAAAAAUAAUUCUAGAAAUGAUGCAGGACUUCCUUGUAUUUGUCUGUUUCUUGCUGUCUGAAAAGUCUUUCCAUGUUUAUUUAACCCUAAUGACUUUUUUAUUUGGUCACAGGAAAGACUGAUAUGCUAAGAAAAUAAUAAUUAGUCAUCAAACAGACUUCCCAGAGGACAAAUGAGUAACUGAAAUUAAUUUUAUUUUAAUAAUUUAAUUUAGUAUCUUUAUUUUAGGGAUAGUUUUUUAGAAGCAGCUAAUCCUGUAAAUGAUUGUCAUAUAUUCUAAAAGCCUUGGAGCAUUAAUUUGUUGUUGUUGUUCUUUUCUAAAUCUGUUUUUCCAGAACUUUUUUUAAAGUUACAAGUCUUCAGAUGGCAUCCUAACUCCAAUUGUAAAGGCUAUUAAUGCUAUGAAUAUGAAACAAGUACUUAGUAUUUCCUACUAACAACUGAAGGUUAAAUGUAUAAAUCUACAGUUGGGAGUCACACUCAUUUGUUAGGAGUAGAUGUCAAAGUGUAUCUAAAAUAAAAAAAAAUAAG